CUUUGUUUUCAUUUUAUUGUAUCCGAAAUUAUUUACAAAUGCCCGGAUAAUGCAAAUAAAUUUUCGAUAUGGCUGUACAUCAACAGGGUCAAAAAAUGGAUGACAUGACAAGAAUCCUCCCAUCUAACUGUUCUAAGGUUUUCAUACAAAGAGAUUUCUCAGAUGGAACUGCAGUGAAGUUUCAGACAAAAUUUCCGGCAGAACUUGAUGGAAAGAUUGAAACAAAAAUAUUUGAAAGUACGAUCAAUACCCUGAAUACGAUGUUUUGUGAGGCAGAGUCACUGAACAGCCGGAAUUAUUGUGAGAGCUGCUUUGCCUGUCUGACAGCAUACCUCAGUUACCUGUGUUUUGACACACAUUAUGAAAAAAUAUUGAAAAAGAUCGGAAAGUACGUAGCCGAGCAGAACCAGACUGUUUAUGUCCCUAGAGGUCUCAUGUUGGUGGAUCCAGUGGAGCGGGGAUUGAGAACACUGGAAAUUUGCAUAUUAAAUGAAUCAAAUGGAAGAUGAUGAUGAUAAUGUUGACGAUGAUGAACUUUUCAAGGAAGAUGUGUAAACAAGUGAAGCAGUUGCCCUGAAGUUCUUUCUUACUCUGGUACUAAAUGUUGUGAACAGUGCGCUGUGUCAGCUAUAUUCUAGCCCUUGUUCAUCACUCAUCAUAUACAAAGACUACUCGUUGCAAGGUCAUUUUAUCAUGAUAUGCUUCUGUUUUAGCUGUCAUAUAUAUAGGCUCGUUUCCUUUUAAGAAUGCCAUAAAAGUUAUAAAAGUGACCUCAAAAGCAGUGGACCAUGAUUUAGAAAUGGCUUUGAACAGUAUUUUUAUUGUCUGCAACAUUCCAUCUUUUUAACUUGUAGGUUAUUGGUUGUAAAUUUCUUUGUAGUUUGACUCUAUCAUCUAUGUAGUACUCUAUCAUUUGUUUGUUGAUAUACUUCCGUGAGACAGCUGGCUGCUCAUCUAAUUAAGAAUAUGUAAUACCGUGAAUUCAAGGAGGCUGGAUGGUCAACUAAUUCACCGUCAGAUCAACCUUAAAAUUUUUUAUAUGAUUUUUUUAAGCUAUAAACGUCUAGUAUUGUUUAGUGAAGAAAAAUUCCUAAUAUUUGAGUUUAAAAUUUUUUUAAUAUUUUCUUUAUUUUAUCUUCAUCCUAAAAAAGUCUGAACAUGGCCACACUCAUCCAGCCUUUUUCACAUUUCUUAUUUAUUAUCUUGCACAGAAACACCCUUAGUCAAUUUUCCAUGACUGAAAUAGAAGGUUUUCUUUAAAGACUGAACACUGCAGUUCUGUUUUGUUUCCUCGCAGUGUAGAAUAUUUUGUAAAGAAGGAUAUAUUGUUGAUUGAAAACAUUUCUAAUAUUAACGGCUCCUCCGAUGUGCAAUUUUGAUGACAUGACUUCAUUAUUGUUUUGUGCUAUUGUAUUUUAAUAUGCUUAUCUAAUGCAUACAGUAUUGAAAAUUUCAAAUACCCCAGCCUUGAUUUUAAAAAAAAAACCCACCCUGCUGCUCUAUUUUCUUACACACUCUGUAUUUUUUAAUUAUUGUGUGUCAUUUUUGAAAUUCAGAGGUUCAUAAUCAUGUCACUAAUUUGUCGAGCAAUAGUUACUUUCCUGAAACUGACUCUGAUUUUUCAUGUCAUAGAAACAAAAGAAAGUGUUAGUAUGUCAAUAGCAAGAAAAGGAGUUUGUUCAUAACACUCUUUUUGUCUCAGAUUUAAAAAAAAUCUAUUGAUCCAGUACAAAUAUAAUCAAUGUAUGGGAUUCUUCAAAUAGAUGUUGGCUUACAUAAUCAUGUGUCUUCUGAGAAAGUGAAAUAAUUUAGCCUUCUAGAUGCAUGUUUGUAACACAUCCAUUUUUCGCUGUAAGAAUUCUGCAUAUUCAAUUCCUUGGCAUAAUGAACCAUUUUGUAAUGUAAAUAUUUAUACUGUACAUAUAUAUGUGUUGAUCAAUCAUUAAGUGCAAUCUAAAAACAGGUCAGCUUAUACUUAAAAAAAAAUGUAUAAUGAACUGUGUGUAUUUUUAUCAAGCAAUUUUAUUGAUAUCGCUUCAGAAAGCGUGAUACUUUAUGUCUCUCAAAACAACAUUAAUAUUUGCGUAAGAUUGAACACUGAUAUAUAAAUAACUAGUCCCAUUCCUCUCUGAAGAAAGAUCGCUGCCUUGUAUCUGUGUUUCAAAGGUCAUACAAUCAUGUAUAGUAGACUGUUCUUUGACAUUUUUACUGUUGAAGUCAUACUGUAUCUGAUGAUAUUUUUAUUUUCACUUUUAUCUAAAAUUUACUUGUAUCUAAUGUCUUCAAGUAGAUAAAAGUAUAAUUAAGGAAUUUUUGUUCACUUGCAAAGAAGUUACCUUUUGUGACAAUUUUGAAUAAAAUGCACACUAUUUCAACAUGUUUUGUGGGGCAAAUUAUGACAGAUAUUGACAAUGUAAUUUUUUUUCCUUUUGAGAAAAAUUAUUAAAGGUCUUCAUCCCCUUUUUUUUAGAUGAAACCGACAAAAAUAAAAUGUACGUAAUACAAACAAGUUACACGUUAGUCUGUGGAAACCAAAGAGUGGCAUUUAUGAUACAAGAGUUUUGUCCUCUUGCCAUGAAUUCUGCCGAUUAUCUGAAAUUUAACGGCUAAGAUUUCAACAACAUGCACUACUUAUAUGAUGGUAAUCAAACAAGAUCCGAUAGGUUGACAAAUGGGAGGGGGAAAAAACCAACUGACUUCUAGCUGUCACUUUACAUCAUGAUAGAGGACGAUGAUACGGUGUCAUAAUUAUUAAAAUCAAGAAUAAGAAUCAAUAUGAUUGUAUGUUACCAUCAAUUUAUUUUCUGCCUUGAUAGAGGUGUUUUUUUAUUUCCAAAACAAGAAAGCCAGUAAAUUGUAAUUUAUUGAAGUACAUGUACAUGUAUUCGGUUUUUAAAAGUAUAUUGUAGAGAAAAAAAAAAUUAUGUUUUAUCACAGUGCUUGUGUUGCUAUUUAUCCUACAUGUACCAUUCAUGUGAAUAAACUGUACAUUGCU